AAUAUCGCUUCUCUCAUACAGCCGGAAGCUAGACACGCGUGAGGAGCGCAAGAGCACGUGGCGAGUGGUGGGCGAGUGGUGGCGAGUAUGGCGUUCUCCGGGAGACACGAGGACGUAAAGCAAGUGCCAUGGUUAUCCCCGGCGGAAUGGCACGACGUGUACAGGCAGAUUUAUUCCAACGACGCGGUCGAGCAAGUAAAAGCCUACGAAGCGCUUUUAGCAUGGAAGGCCAGGAUGCCCAAGCUACCAGUAGGCGUGGACUGCACUCUGUCAAUUUUGCAAGUGUGCCUCCGCGAUCGCGACUGGACGUCCAAGAUCGACAGCGGCGAGCUACCCAUGUACUGCGAGAACGACCUAAGCUUGAUGUACUCGACCACGAUAAUGAGAUUCUUGAAUCACUUUUCCAAUAUAGGACAUACCAAGCAGACGUCCAUGUUUAAGAUUGCCAGCCAAUUGAAAAUCCCAGAAUGGAUAGUCCAGUUGAGGCAUCAGACUGCCCACGGAUACGAACUGCCAUCCAUUGGAGUGUUAAGGAUAGCGAUUAAUAUAUUGCUGCAUUGGCUGCACGACGAGUAUUGGGCACCUGAGGCACGCACCAUGGACAAAUGUUACAUCAAACGAGUCAAUGUGUUGGAGGAGGAAGAAGAAUCCGAAAUGCACAACUUUACAGAUGUGGUAGAACUUUGGACAGCUGUGAGUUUAUAUGUGAAGGCUGGUUAUAAAUUAGUAGCAGACUUACCAGAGAUACAGUUACGAGAAAUAUUACAAGGUUUACGCACAUACAUGCUGACGCACUAUAAAAGCGACAUUUCAGAUAAUGCCGAGAAGGAAUAUAUAUCCGUUUACAAAAGAACUAUUAAGAUUGAUAGAGAAUAUAAUUUGCAAACUGCGCAAGCUCUACUUUUGUCCAAGAUAUCUGUGGACCUAAAUGAAUCCUCAAGUGCGAUGCAUGAAAAGAGCGAUGCAAUUUGUAACGCGUUGUGCAAAAAUAAAGCUUUCUUACCAAAUUUAGAUAUCAUGAGAAUUUUUCGACGGAAAGAAAAGAGAGAUAUUAAUUUAAAAAGAAAGUGUUUGCCGCCGAGGAUGGUUGAAUUUUGGAAAGACAUCAUUUUCAUAUUGCAUGAAAAAGGAAUGUUGGAGACGCUGCUGUUUAAACUGCUCAAUAUCGUAAAUGGAGAAUGUGAAGAUAAAGAAAGAAGAAAUCUCGCUGCCUUGUGGACAAGUUCAAUCUUCUAUAGUUUUGUGCAAUUGGACAUGGCCCAAAGUACUACUCAUACUGUGGAAUAUAAAUAUCAGAAGGCAGACAGGAAACUAGACACAAAGACUUUGAGUCGACAUGUUAAACAAUGUAUAUACUCUAAACGUCCAGACUUUAAGAACGUUUUGUGGUUAGAUAUAUCAAGCACUAUACCGUACUUUCUUCUUGAUAUAAAUUUUUUAUCAAGACUCUUACUAAAUGCCAACGAAUUCUCUGCGAGACUGAUCGAACCAAUUUUGUGCUUGCUUACGUCGAAAAUAGGUGUGCAAACAAAAAGACAUUUGUUAAAUUUACUUGAAAUUUACACAUUACAAAAUCAUGACUGUGAGGAUAGCAACAAUGAUGUCGAGAAAAUAUUUAGUGUCCAAGAUCUCAAUCCGAAUCCAAUAGAAAAUGAAAUGCAGAUACAUAAAAUAAAAGAUACGCCUAAAAAGAAGACUGCUCACUCGUUAGCAGACCAAAUAAUCCGUAAUACACAUUGGCAGGUAACACAUGAUAAUUAUCAAUGGGUCGGAUAUCCCAUUGGACUACUGCCCUGGCAGGUAGACUCAUUGACGAGUUUGAAACCACUCGAGCUGAAUCCAUCGAGACACUCUGUUUCAGUUCUGGAUUCUCAAAUAGUCGCGGGUAUUAUAAACCGUAAGAACUUGAAAAUGCAAAGUCGCAUCAAGUGGGACAAUGUAUUGCGGAAGAAAAGGAGAAUAGAGAAGAAACGUAGCACCGGUGUCGUGGAUGUUAUAAUGAACAGAGCAUUAGAGAUCGCUAAAAAUCAGAUGUAAUGUAAUAAAACAUUAUUGUUUAUCGGGUACUGCUGAUGCCAAUAAAUAAGUAUAUUUAUAACGAA